AUGAUGCUAAAGAACCAAAUUUUGCUCGAUAUCGAAGAUGUCAAGGAGAGAUACCAGAUAUACGUGUCUACGUUUCCAGAUCUAAAGUUGAACAGUUUCUACUUUAUUGAAGAGAACCUACCUGUUACAGAAAAUUUAAAUAAUAUUGCUAAAUCAGCUUUACAAGAAGAAAAUACAGUGGCCUCUAUGUUUGUAUACUAUCCUAUAUUUUUGGAUAUAGCCUCAAGAUGGCUAUCAGAAGCUUUUAAAGAUGAUAAGACAUUAAUUUUAGGAGCAUAUGCAAAUAUUGUUACUUCAUUGACACUAAUUACUCCUUUACUAGAUGAAUUUCUAUCAAAAAAUAACGAGCAUUUCGUUAUAAUAUUACAAAAUCCUUCUUCUCAAGAUCCUCAAAUUAUCCAAGACAUUUUAUUGGCAUAUUAUAGAAUAUUAUAUUAUGAUAGAGACACUUUUAUUAAAUACAUUAAUUCUGAAAUUAUUUAUGCCUUACUAAACAGUCAUAGUUGUGAAUCGAAUGGUAUCCUCAAAAUUUUAUCGGUGCAGAUACUGUCAAUUUUGUUAGAAAUGAGUGAGUAUUCUCAUGUUGAAUUACUAAACCAACAUUUGCAAGAAAGUGACUCUACCAUUGGAGUUUUUAAUUCGAAAGAUAAUGUUAAUUACAAUUAUUUCUCAUUUAAUGAAUCCAAUAGACUAUCAGAAAUUUCUUCAUUACCUAAGGUUCAUGAAAAAUAUGAAAUUACAAAAGGAAAAAAGUAUAUCACUAUUGAACCAGAAUUCUUAGAUUCUAAUGUUGUAUCUGUAUUUGGUAAACUAAUAAUUAAAAAUGGGAAGAAAGAAACCAAAAAUAUUAAAGAAGAAGAAUCUAAUGCAGCUAACUUAUUUGUUCCAAUUGAGAGAUCUAUUAAAGCGUUACGUCAGAUUGCAACACUUGUACAGGAUUCAGAACCAGUGAUGCUUUUAGGUGCAUCAGGUUCUGGCAAAACAUUUAUAGUGAAUGAAUUAGCGAAAUUCACCGGUCGCAGUGAUUCCAUCAUAAAGAUACAUUUGGGCGAACAGACUGAUGCCAAAUUACUAAUAGGUACAUAUACAUCUGGCGAAAAACCGGGGACGUUUGAAUGGAGAUCUGGUAUUUUAACAAAUGCCGUCAAAGAAGGUAGUUGGGUAUUAAUCGAAGAUAUAGACAAAGCACCAACAGAAGUUUUAUCUAUAUUAUUGACUUUAUUAGAAAAACGUGAAUUAAUCAUCCCAUCAAGAGGUGAAGUUAUUAAAGCUGGAACCGGCUUUCAACUUAUAUCUACGGUUUGCAUUACAGAGGAAAAUAACACCGCAUAUAACCUGAAAGAAAAUAUCCCAAAUAUUAUCGGUAUUAGUAAGUGGAAAACGAUUAAUUUUGAAGCGCCUAACAAUGACGAAUUAAACACCAUCUUGGUUGCUAAAUUCUCUGUCCUAAGGAAUUUAAUUCCAAAAAUCAUUUUGUCCUACAAUUCAGUUAAAUCCAUUUAUACUGAUCCAAGGUUUAUUUCACUUAAUAAAGGUGCCCAUGCUAGAAUAGUUUCAGUAAGAGAUAUUGUAAAACUUUGCCAUAGACUUGAUGCAUAUUUCAAACAGAACAAUAUUAUCGAUCCAAACCAACUUAUUGAAUCAUCUAUUUACGAUAACAUCUUUUCAGAAGCAAUUGAUUGUUUUGUCGGAGCAAUUAGUGAACCCAAAGCCCUUGAGCCGUUUAUUAAUGUAAUUGGUGAAACAUUAGAUAUCCCACCUUCUAGAAUUUCAUUGUACCUAACUAACCACGUCCCGAUAUUUGAGAAUCUUGAUGAUAAAAUUCAUAUUGGUCGAUCCAUUUUACCGAAGACUAGCAUAUCAUUGCAAAAAAAAUCUGGCAAUGCUACUUCUUUUGCUACAACGAACCAUUCUCUGAGAUUGAUGGAACAAAUUGGUGUUGCUAUUCAAAUGACCGAGCCAGUUUUAUUAGUAGGUGAAACCGGUACUGGUAAAACAACCAUUGUUCAACAAAUGGCUAAAUUAUUAAGAAAACCAAUAACCAUUAUUAAUGUUUCUCAACAAACAGAGAGUGGUGAUUUAUUAGGUGGUUAUAAACCUGUCAAUUCCAAAUCCAUUGCCAUCCCAAUUCAGGAAACGUUUGAAACCUUAUUCAGCGCCACUUUUUCCAUGAAGAAGAAUGAACGUUUUUAUAACCUUGUACACAAGUGUUUUAACAAAGGUCACUGGAAAAAUUUAGCUCGAUUAUGGAAAGAAGCACACAAAUUAUCAUUAUCAGUUUUGAAGGUCGAUAAUGAUUCAGAAAAUGAAAAGGAAAAAAAUGUAAAGAAAAGAAAGCUAAAUCAACAUGACUUAUCAAUACUUUCUGAAAAAUGGCAGCAAUUUCAAGAUAUGGUUGAGAAAUUCGAAGCCCAAUCAAGCUCGUUAGAAAGUUCCUUUGUGUUUAACUUUGUAGAAGGUUCAUUAGUUAAAGCUGUCAGAAACGGUGAAUGGCUAUUGUUAGAUGAAUUGAAUCUCGCUUUAGCUGAUACUCUUGAGAACAUUACUGAGCUGUUAAAUGAUAGUUCUUCAAGAAGUUUGCUUCUAUCAGAAAAAGGUGAUACGGAACCAAUUAAGGUGCAUCCAGAUUUCAGAAUAUUUGGUUGUAUGAACCCGGCUACAGAUGUUGGUAAGCGUGAUUUACCUUCUGGUAUUAGAUCAAAAUUUACUGAAAUUUAUGUCCAUUCCCCAGAUAAAGAUAUAACUGAUUUGCUUUCUAUUAUCGAUAGAUACAUCGGCAAAUACAGUGCAAGUGAUGAAUGGGUAGGCAAUGAUAUUGCAGAAUUAUACCUGAAGGCUAAACAUUUGUCUGAAGAAAACAAAAUCGUUGAUGGUGCAAACCAGAGACCUCAUUUCAGUAUUCGUACCUUAACACGUACUCUAUUGUACGUAAGUGAUAUUGUUCAGGUUUAUGGAUUGCGCCGUUCAUUAUAUGAUGGGUUUUGCAUGAGUUUCUUAACUUUAUUAGAUUUAAAGUCUGAAAAUUUAUUGAAACCAAUUAUUGAGCAGUAUACAUUAGGUAGAUUGAAAAAUGUGAAAUCAGUCCUAUCACACAUCCCAUCUGCUCCGGGUCCCGGUUAUGUAACUUUCAAGCAUUUCUUAUUGAAGACAGGUGCAUAUGAAAUUAGAGAACAACCACAUUAUAUUAUUACUCCAUUCGUUGAGAAAAACAUGUUGAAUUUAGUUAGAGCAUCAUCUAGUAAACGUUUCCCUAUAUUAAUCCAAGGUCCUACCUCUGCAGGUAAGACAAGUAUGAUAAAGUACUUAGCUGAUAUUACCGGACAUAAAUUUGUCCGUAUUAAUAAUCACGAACAUACAGAUCUACAAGAAUACUUAGGUACAUACACGACAGAUGAUUCCGGUAAGUUAAGCUUUAAAGAAGGUGUUUUAGUAGAAGCUUUGAGAAACGGUCACUGGAUUGUUCUUGAUGAACUUAACUUAGCUCCAACAGAUGUUCUAGAAGCUCUUAAUAGACUAUUAGAUGAUAACAGAGAAUUAUUUAUUCCGGAAACUCAGGAGGUGAUUCAUCCACAUCCAGAUUUUAUGCUAUUUGCAACACAAAAUCCACCGGGGCUAUAUGGUGGUCGUAAGAUUUUAUCAAGGGCUUUUAGAAAUAGAUUUUUAGAGUUACAUUUUGAUGAUAUACCCGAAGAUGAGUUAGAGAUUAUUAUUAGGGAACGUUGUCAGAUAGCUCCCACAUAUGCAAAAAAAAUAGUAGAAGUAUACAGACAGCUAUCUAUCGAGAGAUCUGCUUCCAGAGUUUUUGAACAGAAAAAUGGUUUUGCAACUUUACGUGAUUUGUUCCGUUGGGCUUUAAGAGAUGCCGUAGGAUACGAACAACUUGCUGCUAAUGGGUACAUGCUUCUUGCAGAAAGAUGUAGAACAACUCAGGACAAACAAAUUGUUAAAAAAGUUCUAGAAAAAGUUUUAAAAGUUAAAUUAAAUAUGGACCAAUACUAUCAGGAUUUAGAAGAUGAAAAAUUGAUACAAGCACCAACAUCAGUAGUGUGGACUAAUGCAUUGCGUAGAUUGGCUGUUCUGGUAAAUUCGUGUAUGAAAAACAACGAGCCUAUAUUGCUUGUUGGUGAAACGGGCUGUGGUAAAACUACUAUAUUUCAAAUACUUUCAAAAUAUCUUGAGAAAGAGUUAAUUAUACUGAAUGCACAUCAGAAUACUGAAACAGGUGAUAUUCUUGGGUCACAAAGACCUUUCCGUAAUAGGUCUGAAAUACAAGCUAAGUUAGUGAAUUUAUUAAAUCCUUACUUUACAAAUCACAAUAACUCUGAUUUCGAAAGAAUGUUACUUACUUUUGAUAAAAUGGAUAAGUCAUCUAUACCUGAAGAUGUUUUAAAAGAAGUUGAACUUUUGAAAGUAUCAGCAAAUAAAUUAUUCGAGUGGUGCGAUGGUCCUCUGGUACAUGCAUUGAAGGAUGGUGAUUUUUUUCUUUUAGAUGAGAUAUCUUUGGCUGAUGAUUCUGUUCUAGAAAGGUUGAAUAGUGUUUUAGAACCAGAAAGAAGUAUUUUGUUGACAGAAAAGGGUUCCUCUGAUAGUUUUAUAACCGCUAAUAAUGGAUUUCAAUUUUUUGCUACUAUGAAUCCAGGUGGUGACUAUGGUAAAAAAGAAUUAUCUCCUGCUCUAAGGAAUAGAUUUACUGAAAUUUGGGUUCCCUCGAUGGGCGAUUUUUCUGAUGUUGAAUUAAUUGUGGAAAGCAAGUUAGAUAAUAAACUAAAAGAGCUUACAAAACCAAUUGUCAAAUUUUCAGAAUGGUUUGGUAUAAGAUUUGGAGGGGGAAACGUUUCAAGCGGGAUUAUUUCCUUACGUGAUAUAUUGGCUUGGGUAGAAUUUAUUAACAGUACCUUUAUUCAUAUCAAGGACAUGCUGGCCUCUUUGGUCCAUGGUGCUUCUAUGGUUUUUGUAGAUUCAAUUGGUACAAAUAACACCGCAUAUUUAGCUGAGAACGAGGAAAAGUUAAAAAUUAUAAAGAAAGAAUGUAUUGAAAAAUUAUCCAAGCUUGUUAAUAAAGACUUAAAGUCAUAUCUGGACACAACCCCUGUAUUAAAAAUCUCUGAAGACAAUGUGCAAAUUGAUUUAUUCAAUAUCAAAUGUAAUUCAAGUUUUUCAAAUUCUAAUUCGUUCAACACAACUGCUCCGACGACGGCUGCUAAUCUAAUGAGAGUUGUUAGAGCCAUGCAAGUAAAUAAGCCAAUAUUACUUGAAGGUAGCCCUGGUGUUGGUAAAACUAGUCUAGUGACUGCAUUAUCUGAACUAACAGGAAAUAAAUUAACAAGAAUUAAUCUUUCAGAGCAGACCGACUUAAUUGAUUUAUUUGGUUCUGAUGUACCAGGAGAAAAUGCAGGCGAAUUUGUUUGGAGGGAUGCUCCAUUCUUAAGAGCAAUGCAAAAAGGUGAAUGGGUUUUGUUAGAUGAAAUGAAUCUUGCUUCACAAUCUGUACUAGAAGGUCUAAAUGCUUGUUUAGAUCAUCGUGGUGAGGCAUAUAUUCCAGAAUUAGACAAAUCGUUUGUACGCCAUCCUGGGUUUUUAGUAUUUGCUGCUCAAAAUCCACAGUAUCAGGGUAGUGGCAGAAAAGGUUUACCAAAAUCUUUCAUCAACAGAUUUAGUGUAGUGUAUGUUGAUAUGCUUACCGCAGAUGACUUGUUGAUAAUUGCUCAACACUUAUUCCCUAAUAUUGAACAGGAAACGUGUGCAAAAAUGAUCAAAUUAAUGUCUCGUCUAGAACUUGAGGUUUGCAAGCAAAAAUUAUGGGGUUUGAGCGGUACUCCUUGGGAAUUUAACCUAAGAGAUACUUUAAGAUGGUUAAAAUUAAUGAAUAAGAAUUCCAUCACCGAAAAUACUGAUGCAGCUUAUUUUGUUAAUAUGAUUAUUACACAAAGAUUUAGAACACAUGAAGAUCGUGAACAAUCACGUAUGAUUUGCAAUGAAAUAUUUGGUGAGUUUACGAAAAAAGAUUCAUUAUUGAAACUAUACCCAAAUUAUAUUCAAAUAAACAAUACUAUAACUGAAAGGAACCCUGUAUAUCGUUCCCAUGUCAAUAAGAGAUUAUUUUCAAUGCAAUGCAACACAGAUAUUUAUGAAUCUGUAGUUCAAUGUGUGAAUAAUAAUUGGCCAUUGAUUUUAGUUGGUCCAAGUAAUUCGGGAAAAACUGAAAUUAUAAGGUACCUGGCAUCAAUAAUGGGCGCAAAGGUAGAUAUGUUUUCUUUGAAUAGCGAUAUUGAUAGUAUGGAUAUCCUUGGUGGCUACGAGCAAGUUGAUAUGGUUAAAAAAAUGACAUCUGUGAUCAAUGAUUUAGUGAGCAUGCUUAAGGAGAUCGUUGUUGUAAACAUGACUUCUUUAGAAAAAGACGUAAUGGCUAUUUCCAUUUGUUUCAGAAUUUUAAAUUAUUCAAAGGAAAAAAUUUCUAAAGAUAUGUUUACUAAUAUUGCAACGUUACUGGAAAAACUAUUAAAUUACAAUAUAAUCGACGAGGGAUUAUUAAUUAUCAAAGAAAAAAUCAAUAAUUUACUAAUAACUUUAAAUGACCAAGAAUCGGUAAAAUUUGAAUGGUUUGAUGGUCUACUAGUUAGUGCAGUCGAAAAAGGUCAAUGGCUAAUUCUUGAUAACGCCAACUUAUGUUCCUCUUCAGUUUUAGAUAGAUUGAAUUCAUUAUUAGAGAUAAAUGGUUCAUUAAUAAUCAAUGAAUGUAGCGAUGAAGAUGGACAACCGCGGUUUAUCAAACCGCAUCCAAAUUUCAGAUUAUUCUUAACGGUGGAUCCUAAAUUUGGCGAACUUUCAAGAGCUAUGAGAAACAGAGGUCUAGAAAUUUACCUUGAUGAUUUGAACAAUAGAAUGACAACUUUCGAUAAAAAGUCUCUCGGCAAAUCUGUCAGACAAUUGCCUUUAAAGGCUUUUACGCCCUGUUAUCUGUCUAACGAAAUAAUGUAUGCUCAAAUAUAUGAUACUGUAUCUAGUUUUCAAGAUAUUAACAUUGAGACAUUAGUUACACUAACCUCACUAUCGCUUGUCUAUGACAUAGAUAAAUUUUCUAAGAAUAUUACAAACAGUGAUUUCAGAUUUAAGGAUGAAGUAAAACUAUAUUGUGAUUAUAUUAGAUUCAUAAGAGAAGAACAAGUACCUGAGUUGAUGAACUCUUUAGUACAUAACGUAAAAGAAGAAACAUCUAACAUUUUAGGAAAAAAAAUAUUUUCACUAGGCAACAAAGACCUUUUCCCUAUUAUCAACACAUACUUGGAGCAGUUUUUGAAUAAUAAUGAGACAAAUGUUUAUUCAAAAGAAUUAAUAUACAUGUUUACAUGCUAUAAGAUGCUUUAUGAUAAUUUUCUCCGUCUUAAAUAUGCUAAUGAAAAAUCACAAAAUGGCAAAAUAAAUGAAUUGAAUUACCUAGAAUUAUCUGCUGCACAUUUUAAUAAUCGUAAUAUUAAGAGACCACCAAGUAUUCCAAUCUAUGAAUUUUUGUUAUCAAUGAAUAACUUAAUAUUAUCAACUAUUAAGAAUGAAAAACAGAUUACGAAUAGUAACAUGUGUUAUCAAUUGUGGAAUUUGUUAAUAAUUUUAGAUAGCAUUUAUGCUUCAACGGAAAUUAAAGAUGAGGCACGUUUAAGAGUUUACAAAGAUCAGAUUUCAUCAUGGAUUGACAAAUCAAAUAAAAAGGGGAUAAAUACAGAAAGCUUCAGAUCUCUCUUAGAUUCAUUCAAGAACUCAAUGUCAUUGAAACAAGGGCAGUCGAUUAACCUAUUAUGGGAUGCGUAUAGAAAAGUUUACCCAAAUAGUAAAGUGAACUGGAAAAUAUGGAAUCAAUUAAUUAAUUUGUCAAAAAAAUUCGAUAAAGUUGUUGAUUUACAGUUCUCUGAGUCAUAUUCUUUCAUUGUCGAAUUAAGAAAAAUUUUCACGUUAGCUGCGAAAGACAUUCUUGAUGACAACACAAGUGAUACAUCUGUUAUGUUAUCAGAGUUAGAAGAAGGUAUCGAGUCUUUAUCAGAUAUAUCCAGCUCAUUUUUAAGAGAAAGAUCUCAUUAUUUCAGAGAAAAUUUUGACUCUUUAUCUUAUUUCAUUUUCAAUGAAGAGGUGAAUAUAGAAUCUAUUCAAAAUAUUGCUCCAUUGACCUCAUUAACAACUGAACAACUGAUUAAACUCGAAUUAAAGUUAUACACCUACCAACCUAUCUUUGAAAUUUUAUGGAGAAAAAAAAAUGACACAUAUAAUUCAGCAACAAGGUAUCUUUUUACAACUGAUUUCAUUAGGUCUUCAGUUAACAAGAGUUUGUUAUUGGAAUCAUUUUCAGGUAACCAAUUACCUCAAACAUUAUCUGAUGCCAAAUUAUUGUUACAAUCCUCAAUCUCUUCUUCUGAACUGCUUUUAGAAAAUAAGUCGGAAAGAUUCGGUUUUUACUUGAGUGAUUGGAUACUAUCAGUAAUAAAUUUACAUCUUAAGAGUAAAUUACUAAGUAUAAAAGAACCUUUCAUUGAUGAUCUGAUCAUAUCUGAAGCUGAGAGGCAUUUCCAAGAAUGUUAUAAAAACUAUUUGAAGCCCGCCAUAAAUAUUUUGAAGACGCAAUAUCUUUUAGAAGAAUUAGGCGAAGCAUGGAUAAUGUUUGGUAUUGGUUUAUUAGUAAUUUAUGCACCUGACUUUUCUUAUGAUCCAGCUGUCCAUGAUUAUGUUUCAUAUGAUAUAUUUGAACGAUUAAAGACGACAACAUUAAAUAUUUCUAAGAGUUUGGAGAUUGUAAGACAUGUAACGAUAGGUGACAGUCGUAUAUAUGCAGAAAAUUUAAUAGAAGAAGUGCCAAUAGAAGAAAAACCCAAUCUACCUCGUGUUUACCGUCCAAGAAGCUCUAUUGACGAUUUAUUAGAUGAGUGGUCGUUUUUCAUUGAAUCAACUGUUUCACCUGAGCAAGUUCUAAAACUUCGUGGUGCUCUGGGGACUUGGAGCAACACUACUUCUAACAGGGUAGACAUGUUUAACCAGAAUACCUCACACUUUUUACACCGUCUAAGUUCCAGAUAUCAAAUAUAUGGGGAUAUCAAUGAUAUUUUUUCUGGUUAUAUUUUCUCCAUCAAAUUUGGAAUAGAUUUGUUGGCCCAAUCGAAGAAACUAAACAAUAAAAACUUGAAAAUCUCACCAUUAUGGUCAGUAAAACCCGAUGUAUUGAUUGACAACUCUAGUUUGAGUACCAUUUACCAGAUGUUUAUGAAUAAAGCUAAAAAUGUUACUGAAAACAAUUUAGAUGUAGAAAAGAUUUUAACUUUUUUCAUGAGUUUAUUUAACUUACAUGAAAAGAACAUUUCGCUUCUUCCUACAUUUAACGAUGUGUUAUAUCUAUUGUAUACAAGGUGGACAUUAAGGAGAAUCAAAUCUGAACAAGAACAGCAAGAAAAGUCCUCCAUGUUUAAGUACCAAGAUAAAUCAUUUGAUGUUGAAGCUGAAUUUAAACAAAUGUUUCCAACCUAUGAUGGCGACAUGGACUUAGAUACUGUUACGCUCUUAUUGCCGAAUGAUGAUUUAUCAGAUAUUCAGUAUUCAUUAGCUAAAUCUUAUAUGAUGUUGUUCACUGAUGGAAAUUCAGAUAUUUCCAAAAUAGUUAGAAGUGGUGCUUCAAUAAAUGAAGCUUAUAACACAAUUCUAUCUAUAGAUUCCACAUCUGGAAUAAAUAGUGGAUCUUUAGCAUCUAUGAUUUUAUUAUUAGGGCAAGAGAUUAAUAAGUUUAAGAUUGAAAAUAAUGAGAAAUCUCUUGAUUUCUACAGAAAUUCAUCUGUAUCGGAAUCACAGAAAGCUAUUUCCGUCAUUAAUGGUCUUUGGACUUCAGUCAAUGAACUUCUAAAACAAUGGCCUGAUCAUGCAACUUUGAAUGAGUUAGACAGAAUUUGUAAGGAAUUUUUAGAAUUUCCUUCAAAUACUCCUCUUGCUAGGCAGAUUCAAAAGAUUGAGCAAAUUUAUACAUUCGUUGUCGAAUGGGAAAAAUAUGCUGCCUCAAAAGUCUCUUUAUCUAACCACUCAACAAAUAUUACAAACUUAAUUGUUUCGUGGAGGAGAUUAGAACUAAGCACUUGGAAUGGUCUCUUUGAGACUGAAAAUGAAAAACUUGAAAAGAAUAUUGGAAAGUGGUGGUUUUAUUUAUUUGAAAUUAUCAUUGUGUCAGGUUAUAAUCAAAAUGAAAAUGGCGAUGAUUCAUAUGUAUCAUUAUUGACAUCAUUGAAUACUUUUUUCACUAAAACUACAUAUGGUGAAUUUUCUAUUAGGAUACAGUUGACAAAAGCAUUUUUGAAUCAUUUAAAGAUGCUAAGCCCACUAAACCCACAACUAAUUCAAGCUUUAAGUAAUUCAAUCAGGUAUUAUGAGCAAUUUGAAAGUUUAAUCUCUGAGCAUAUUCUGAAAGCUAGAAAAAUUUUGGAUAAAGAAAUGAAAGAAAUUAUAUUAUUGGCUAGUUGGAAAGAUGUUAAUAUUGAUGCUCUAAAGCAAAGUUCCAGGCGUUCACAUAAUAGCUUAUAUAAGAUUGUGCACAAAUACAGGAAUGUAAUUUCUGGUGAUGUUCAGACUUUAAUUGAAGCAGGUAUCCCUUUCACACAAAAGGUAAAAGCUUUUAAUAAAGAGUUUAAAGUUCCGAAAUUUGCUGAUAUUGAUAUAGAAGCUUGCAACAGCAUUGUUGUUAAUUUACCAUCAUGGAAUGAAAGAAGUGGAAUCCUAAAAGAUAUGGAUUUGGUUAAUAAAAAUAUGGCAAGUUAUGUAGGAAAAAUCUCAAAGUUGUCAUUCCCUAACUUUAAGGAUUUAGUGAAAUCAUAUUUCCAUGAAGCAGAACUUCUAAAAUCAGAAACUCCUUCUACCUUAACAAAAGAAAAUAAAAAGUUGAUUGCAACCUUAAGAAACCAAAAAGCCAAAUUAUUUAGUGAUGUAUUGAAGGAAUUAAGAAGAAUUGGUUUAAAAACUAACUUCAGAAAGGAUAUCCACAGCGUCCAAUCAUCAGCAACUGCUAUACUAUCGAAUUCCGUUUCCUUUGAAGGAACAGAUCUCGAAAAUUGUGACAAAUAUUACUUUAGAAUUAUAGACUUAUUACCGAGGUUAAGAUCAGCAGUGUCUUCUCCAAGUGAAGACAUACCUAUUGCUAAUAUUGAAAGAGGUAUGGCUAUUAGUGAAAAUCUUGUCUUUUCAUUAUUAACAAUAAGGUCUAGAGGUGCCCAGUUAUCUACUGAGUACCGUAACUUUAAGACUCUCUAUUCUGAUAUAGAGACAAUUCAUUUUUCGUCAGGCUCAUUAAAGCAUAAUAUUAUAUCACAUAAUUUAUCGACUUACAAAAACAUUUGUAAGUGGCUACCUGUUUUAAUAGACUACUCUAUUGCAACUCUAAAAUCUACUCCAUCUGUUUUUUCAGUUGAACAUGAAAUAGAAUAUUUGAAGGAUGUUAAAUCAGAAAUUCUUUCAAACUUUUAUGAUAAGAUUAAUGCAAACAGAGUCUGUGAUGAUCAUGUUGCAUCUCUUUUGGAAGAGUUUAAGGUAUAUUUGUUGAAUGUAAACAAAAAAUUAAAUGCCAUGAAAGUAAAAGAUCAUGGUUUUAUUUAUGACAUUAUCACCAAUUGGUUAGUGUCUUCCUUGAUUAGCGACACCAUCGUUGAAUCAUCGCAGCUAUCAAUUAAUUUAAUCGAUAAUGAUUUUAGAAAAUUACAUACCUCAAUUAUGGUGUCUAUUCAGAAGAUUAUGUCUUUAGAAUUAAUGCCUAUCACCGAAGAUGAUGAUAAAUGGUUACAGAUAUCAUUACAGAGGUUAAUGAAAUUAAUGCAGACAUUAAACUUUUCUAAGGUUACAGCCAAUAUGAACAUCAUUGUUGAAAGGUUAAAAUCUGCCUCAUUAUCUAAUACUGAGUCUAUUUUGUUGAAAUCAUUAAUCGGUUUUACAAUGCCAUUAAUCAGACAAUACUACAAAACUUAUACUUCUUUAUUGAAGCUGUUUGCUACUUUUUAUGACGAAUUAGCAUACUGUUCAUUUACUUUAGCGACUAUGUUAUACAAUCUUGCUAAAAAUGGAUUUUGCUCACCAGAUUUACCAUCUGAAGAGAAAGACGAUAAUAAUUUACAAGAAGGUACAGGCCUUGGUGAUGGUUCAGGUGCACAGAACAAUUCUAAAGAUAUUGAUCAAGAUGAAGACUUAACAGAAGAUGCUCAAACUGCAAAUGGCGAUAAGGAUAAUAAAGAUGAUGAUGAUAAGAAUGACGACGAUGAUGCUGUUGAUAUGGAAGGAGAUAUGGCUGGUGAUCUUGAAGAUUUAUCUGAUCAACAAAAUAGUGAUAUGGAUGAUGAAGAAGAUGAUGAAGAGCUAGAAUUGGAUGAAGAAAUUGAUGACUUGAAUGAUGAUGAUCCAAAUGCUAUUGACGAAAAGAUGUGGGAUGAAGAGGCAUCUGAAAAUUCUAAAGAGAAAAACUCUGAACAAAAUGCAGGACCUGAAGGUGAUGAUGAUGAUGUUGAAGCAAAUGAGAAACCUGAAGAUAAUAACAAAAACAACGAAUCUUCUUCAAAAGAUGAAGAUAAUAUAAAAGAAGAAGCCAGCGAUUCCGAAACUAAUGAAGAUGUUGAUGACCCAACUAAUGACAAUGAUGGUGAUGAUGAUUCUGCCGAAGAAGAUGUCGGUGAACAAGAAGACGAGGUUCGUGAUGAUGAAAAGAAAGGUUUAGAAACCAAUGCUCCAGAAGUAGAAACAAUGGAUUUACCUGAGGAUAUUAACUUAGAUUCAGAUCUUGAUGAAGAAAACGAAAGUGCUACUGAGGAAUCUGGAAAUGAAUUAGGAGAUACUUCUAAUGAAGAAGAAGACAUUGGCGAUGAUGAUAAUAAUGAGAAUGUUGAAACUGAAAUUAAGGAAGAAGGUGCUGACAGUGAUAUUGAUGAAGAAAAUGUUAAUAGCGAUAUUGAAGAAGAAAAUAAUGUUGCUGAAAAUGACGAUAACAAUGUUUCAGAUAUGGAUGUUGAUGAUGCUGAGGAAGAAACUAACCAAAAUUCAGAGAGCGAAGAUGACCUAAUAGAUAAAGAUACUAAAGGUGAUGAAGAAAAUAAAGAAAUGGCUGGUGAAAAUACUUCAGAGGGCCUUGAUGGGCUUGAGGAAGAAAUUAAAGCGGAAGAUGUUGAUACUGAAGCUGCUGUACAACAACAAUCAGGCUCUAAAGGAGAAGGAUCGGAUUCUAAAAAUGAAGAAGAACAAGAAAAUAUCGGUUCAUUCGGUGAAUCAAAAGAACAGCAGCAGGAGUCUGAGAAAAAUGAAGAUACCAAUGAAGCCUCCAGAGAAGAAGCAAAAGAAACUUUAAAACAACUAGGUGACUCCUUAAAGGAAUUCCACAGACGUCGUCAAGAGAUUAAGGAAAAUACCAACAACGGAGAAGACAUUAAUGAUAAUAAUAGUAAAAAUGAAAAUAUCAAUGAGCUGGAACAUGUUGAUGGAGCCAAUACUAAUGAUGACACUCAAGCUAUGGGUGCCGCAAAUCAAGAGGAUGUUCAACCUUUCAAUGAUGACUUAGCAAUUGACCAAGGUGAUGAAGACAAUGUUAAGGAAGAUGUUGAUAUGAAACAAGAAGAAGAAUUAUUAGAAGAUCAUGAUACUGAAAUGAGACAUAACGAUGACUCAGUUGACACCAAUGAACAAAAUAAUGAAAAUUUGGAAAGCAAGGGAGGUUUCAUAGGAGAGAAAAAGGAUUUUGGGAUGAACGAUCCAUUUGUUUCUAACCAUUUAAUCGAUGAAGAAAAAGAUGAUUUAGACAUCCUACUCGAUGCUGUUGACAAAGAAGUGAAAUCCCUUGAGUUAGUCGAAACUCCUUUAAGAUCGAUCGAGGAGUCCAGGGAUUUAUGGAGAAAGAGUGAGAUUAACACCGCUGAAUUAGUUGCCAGAUUAGGAGAACAACUACGUCUAAUUUUAGAACCAACAUUAGCCACCAAGCUAAGAGGUGACUAUAAAACUGGUAAAAGACUCAAUAUGAAAAGAAUUAUUCCUUAUAUUGCUUCACAAUUUAGGAAAGAUAAAAUUUGGUUGAGAAGAACAAAACCAAGUAAACGUAAAUAUCAAAUUAUGAUUGCACUUGAUGACUCGAAAUCUAUGAGUGAAUCCAAAUGUGUUAAUCUUGCCUUUGAUAGUUUAUGUUUAGUGUCAAAGACUUUAACUCAAUUAGAAUCUGGCGGAUUGUCAAUUGUCAAAUUUGGUGAAACUACAAGAGAAGUUCAUUCAUUUGGCCAACAGUUCAGCAACGAAUCAGGAAUUAAAACGUUCCAAUGGUUUGGAUUUCAAGAGGGUAAAACUGAUAUAAAGAAGUUAGUUUCUGAAUCAAUUAAAAUCUUUGAAAAGAACGCAUCAUUUGAUGGUGGCGAUGAAUGGAAAUUACAGAUUGUUAUCUCCGAUGGUAUUUGUGAAGAUCAUGAGACUGUUCAAAGAUUAGUCCGUCGUGCUAGAGAAAGAAAAAUCAUGUUAGUAUUUGUUAUUAUUGAUGGUAUUUCCUCUAAUGAAUCUAUCAUGGAUAUGGGACAAGUUAAUUAUGUUCCUGAUAAAUUCGGAAAUACGAAGUUGGAAAUAACUAAGUAUUUAGACACGUUCCCAUUUGAAUUUUAUGUUGUUGUUCACGAUGUGACUGAACUGCCAGAAAUGUUAUCUACAAUUUUAAGGCAAUAUUUCUCGGAUUUAGCAUCCUCAUAA